UUGAUGUGAUUCUCCUUUUGUAUUGGGGGCGAACCCUACAGAGCCAUUUGAGAAAGGUGACGGGGACGGAGGAGCAUCUUCCACCCAUUAAAAGGACACUGAAACCCUAAACAGACUCAGUUACCGUUACAGUUACAGUUUCAGUUUCUUCUUCCACAAUGCCAAUGGCCUAUUGCAUAUCCCAUUUCCCCAAGCUUCCGCUCCUCCCUUCUCUGCCACACUCCCCGUCGCGUUCCUCCGCUCUCAUCCCAUCGCCGAAACCACUGCCCCAAAACCACGCCGUUCCCAAAACCCUACGCGCAUGCCCCUCAUCCCGCGUCAAACCAACGCUUCCGGUUCGAUGCUCAAACGUCGCCGUUGCGGAACCCGCCUCCAAAGUCGGGAAGCGAACCGAUAUCAAGAAGAUCCUAAUUCUCGGUGCUGGUCCCAUCGUAAUCGGCCAAGCGUGCGAGUUCGACUACUCCGGGACCCAAGCGUGUAAAGCCUUGCGCGAAGAAGGGUACGAAGUGGUUCUCAUAAACUCCAAUCCUGCCACAAUCAUGACUGAUCCUGAAACCGCCGACCGCACCUACAUCACUCCCAUGACGCCGGAGCUCGUCGAGAGAGUUCUCGAGUCCGAGCGCCCCGACGCGCUCCUCCCCACCAUGGGCGGCCAGACCGCUCUCAACCUUGCCGUGGCCCUCUCGGAGAGCGGCGCGCUCGAGAAAUACGGCGUUGAACUCAUCGGCGCGAAGCUCGAGGCAAUCAAGAAGGCUGAGGAUAGAGAGCUCUUCAAACAGGCCAUGAAGAACAUCGGAAUUAAGACCCCUCCAUCCGGCAUUGGCACCACGCUCGACGAUUGCCUCAGCAUCGCCAACGAAAUCGGAGAGUACCCGCUCAUCGUGCGGCCGGCGUUCACCCUCGGUGGCACCGGCGGCGGAAUCGCGUACAACCGUGAGGAUUUGUUGGAGAUUUGCAAGGCUGGGCUUGCUGCUAGUUUGACCACCCAGGUUUUGAUUGAGAAGUCUUUGCUGGGGUGGAAGGAGUAUGAGCUUGAGGUUAUGAGGGAUUUGGCUGACAACGUUGUUAUCAUUUGUUCCAUUGAGAAUAUUGAUCCAAUGGGGGUUCACACUGGCGAUUCUAUUACGGUUGCUCCGGCACAGACUCUGACGGAUAAGGAGUACCAGCGGCUGAGGGAUUAUUCAAUUGCUAUAAUUAGAGAGAUCGGAGUGGAGUGCGGAGGGUCUAAUGUGCAGUUUGCCGUUAAUCCUGAGGAUGGUGAGGUGAUGGUCAUUGAGAUGAACCCCAGAGUUUCCAGGUCUUCAGCUUUGGCGUCUAAGGCUACUGGGUUUCCCAUUGCAAAAAUGGCGGCGAAGUUGUCUGUGGGGUAUUCUUUGGAUCAAAUUCCUAAUGAUAUUACAAAGAAGACACCUGCCAGUUUUGAGCCAUCUAUUGAUUACGUCGUCACUAAGAUUCCUCGGUUUGCUUUUGAGAAGUUUCCUGGUUCUCAGCCAAUAUUGACGACACAGAUGAAAUCAGUUGGAGAGGCAAUGGCAGUAGGGAGAACCUUCCAAGAGUCAUUUCAAAAAGCAGUACGCUCUCUAGAAUAUGGAUACGCAGGAUGGGGGUGCUCCCAGGUGAAGGAGUUGAACUAUGACUUGGAGCAACUGAAGUAUAGCCUCCGAGUUCCUAACCCAGAGCGCAUCCAUGCCAUCUAUGCUGCAAUGAAACGAGGGAUGCACAUUGAUGAAAUCUUUGAGCUGAGUUACAUUGACAAGUGGUUUCUCACACAGCUCAAGGAGCUGGUUGACGUGGAAAGUUUUUUGCUGUCACACAAUUUGUCUGAUUUGACAAAUGUUGAUUUCUUUGAGGUGAAGAGAAGAGGUUUUAGUGAUAAGCAGAUAGCAUUUGCAACUAAAUCUAGUGAGAAAGAAGUACGCAAUAGGCGAUUGUCUCUGGGAGUUACUCCGGCAUAUAAGCGAGUUGAUACAUGUGCAGCAGAAUUUGAGGCUAAUACUCCUUAUAUGUAUUCUUCUUAUGAUUUUGAAUGUGAGUCGGCUCCCACUACAAGAAAGAAGGUCUUAAUUUUGGGUGGAGGACCAAAUAGAAUUGGGCAAGGGAUUGAGUUUGAUUACUGUUGUUGUCAUGCAUCUUUUGCUCUUCAGGAUGCAGGAUAUGAGACAAUCAUGGUGAACUCAAACCCAGAGACAGUCUCCACAGACUAUGACACUAGUGAUCGUCUAUACUUUGAACCCUUGACUGUUGAAGAUGUUUUGAACAUUAUUGAUUUGGAAAGGCCUGAUGGUAUCAUUGUACAAUUUGGAGGUCAAACACCAUUGAAGUUAUCUCUCCCCUUACAACAAUACCUAGAUGAACAAAAGCCUGCAUGUGCUAGUGGUGUUGGUCAUGUACGUAUUUGGGGAACAUCUCCUGAUUCCAUAGAUAUUGCUGAGGACAGAGAGAGGUUCAAUGUGAUGCUUCAUGAUCUAAAGAUUGAACACCCUAAAGGUGGAAUAGCUAGGAGUGAAACUGAUGCCCUUGCCAUUGCAGCAGACAUUGGAUAUCCAGUUGUUGUUCGCCCUUCUUAUGUUUUAGGUGGCCGAGCAAUGGAGAUUGUGUAUAGUGAUGAUAAACUGGUGACAUACCUUGAAAAUGCUGUUGAGGUGGAUCCAGAACGCCCUGUAUUAAUUGACAAGUAUUUGUCUGAUGCCUGUGAGAUUGAUGUCGAUGCACUGGCUGACUCACAAGGCAAUGUGGUCAUUGGUGGGAUAAUGGAGCACAUUGAACAGGCUGGGAUACAUUCUGGUGACUCUGCCUGCUCUAUUCCAACCAGAACUGUUCCAUCAACUUGCUUGGACACAAUCAGGUCGUGGACAGUAAACCUGGCAAAACAAUUGAAUGUAUGCGGGCUCAUGAAUUGUCAGUAUGCAAUAACUCCAUCAGGGGAUGUAUUUUUGCUUGAGGCCAACCCUCGUGCUUCUCGUACAGUUCCAUUUGUAUCAAAAGCAAUUGGCCAUCCAUUGGCUAAAUAUGCUUCCCUCGUCAUGUCUGGAAAGACUCUCUAUGAUUUACAGUUUACAAAAGAGGUCAUACCUAAAUAUGUGUCAGUCAAGGAAGCAGUUCUUCCUUUCUCAAAGUUCCCAGGCUGUGAUGUGUUUUUAAGUCCCGAGAUGCGAAGUACCGGUGAGGUUAUGGGUAUUGACCCUUCAUAUAAUGUUGCAUUUGCGAAGGCUCAAAUUGCUGCUGGCCAGAAGCUACCACUUUCUGGUACUGUGUUCCUUAGCUUAAACGACUUAACAAAACCGCAUCUUCAGAAGAUAGCAAAGGCUUUCGUUGAGAAUGGUUUUAGGAUUGUUGCUACCAGUGGAACCGCUCAUGUUCUUAAAUUAGCUAAUAUCCCUGCGGAGCCAGUGCUGAAGUUGCACGAAGGGAGGCCUCAUGCUGGUGACAUGAUAGCCAAUGGAGACAUUCAACUGAUGGUGGUAACCAGCUCAGACGACGCACUUGAUCGUAUAGAUGGUCUGGCCCUGAGAAGGAUGGCUUUGGAUUACAAGGUUCCUAUAGUGACAACAGUUAAUGGAGCCCUGGCAACCGCUGAAGCAAUACAGAGCUUGAAGGCCAACUCCAUCAAAAUGAUCGCACUUCAGGACUUCAUUGACGGUGAAUUUAAAGACUGAGCAAGUUUUUGCGGACAGCGUCUUCUCUCUCGCAAAUGGUUAGGCGAUAGACACCAGUAAGCACCUUUGUUUUAACUCUGUAUUUAGUACUACUAAUUUCUGUGCCUACGCAAGCUCAACUAUUUCCUCUGUUUUCUAAGAUAAUAAAUUAAACAGUAUUCGGGAUGUGGCGUCGUUUUAGACUGCUCUCCCUCACCAAAGCAUAUAUAUCCAUAUCGUUAAUUGGUUUUGUAUAUUGACUCCGUAAACUUGGGCUAUUGCAGCUUCACGUUAGACUGUACAACUUGCUAGAUUUGGAAGUGCGGAAGAAUUGCUGUGGGAUGCUUUCAUUUGUAGGGUGAAAGUGU